AUGGGGAGUAGAAGUGGAGAAAUGUCAAGGAAUCAAACCUGCUGGAAGGCCCCUGGUAGGGAUGCGAUUAAAAUUAACACUGAUGCUGCUUGGAAGGAGAAAAAUGGCACAAGCUCCAUUGCCUUGAUUGCACGAAAUCACCAAGGUAGAAUGCUAACAGGAGCUGCUAUGAAUUGGCCUAGCCCAUCCUCGUUAAUUGUAGAGGCCUCUGCCCUAAGGGAAGCUCUCAUCCUUGCGUCGAACCUUGGUUGGGACAGAAUUGUGAUAGAGUCAGAUUGUCUUCCACUGAUAGAUGCAUGCGAAAGGAAAAGGACAAUUGGAGAAAUCCAGAUGAUUGUGGAGGACAUUAACAAGCUCAAGUCGAAUUUUGUCUGUUGUAACCUCAAUUGGAUUCCCAGACGAAUCAACAAAGCUGCCCAUUCCACAGCCCAAUUGCAUGCAUUGAACCAGUUCCCCAGUAAUUGGUGCAUGGCUCCCCCUCCAAGUCUAGCUGCCAUUCUCCGUCUUGAUGGAAGACAAUUUGCGCUGGAACCAGAUUGA